AUGGAUCAACGCUUAGCAAGUUUAUAUGGUUCUGUAAAUGGAUUGAAACUUAGCAAUGAAAACCAAUCUGUUUUAUUGGAUCAGAAUCUUGUUAAUGUGUUCAAGUCGGAAAACAAUCGUGUAAACCAAAACUAUGUAAAUAGUCCUCCUCUGCUGCCUGAUUCAACACUAAGUAAUUCAGCCGUGUCUCCAAGCAUGAGUCAAGAGGGAGAUUCUCAUGAAGAUUUUGAUUUCAGUGAUGUGGUUCUGAAAUAUAUUAGCGAGAUGCUUAUGGAAGAGGAAAUGGAAGAGAAGACAUGUAUGUUUCAAGAAUCUUCAGCAGCACUUCUUGCUGCGGAGAAAUCGUUGUAUGAGCUUAUUGGGGAGAAGUAUCCUUCUUCACCCAACGACCCAGUGCUAUGUUUUGAUCGAAGGCGUGAAAGCCCAGAUGAAAAUCGUGAAUUGAGUAGCAGUAAUUGUACAAGCGGUACAAGCAGCUGUAGUGGCGGAAACUUGGUUGAUCAUGGGUGGACUUGUGAUCUUGGCGAGUACAAGUUCUCAAGAUGUGCUUCUCAGUCUGCUUCCCAGUCAUCCUAUAGUUCAGGGAACAGCAGUGUUACUGUUGAUGGAUUUGUUGAUUCUCCAGUUGGUCCUAAUAUGGUUGCUGAGAUAAUUAGGGAGAGUGAGUCUGUUAUGCAGUUUAAGAAAGGGUUUGAGGAGGCGAGUAAGUUCAUUCCAAACGGCAAUCUGUUUAUUGAUUUGGAGAGUAGUGGUCUGUUUCUAAAAGACCUGAAGGAAGAUGCCAAGGAUGUGUUAGCUAUGGCAGAGGAGAAGCGGGAGAAUGAGAACUCCACAGAUGGUUUGAGGAGAAAGAAGAAUCCCCAUCCUGAUGAGUUGGCUCUAGAGGGAGGUAGGAGUAACAAGCAGUCUGCAGUUUAUUCUGAAUCAACCGCAAGUCCAGAAGAUUUUGAUAUGGUAUUGCUCAACUGUGGAAGAGAUGAAUCUGCCAUUCGAGCAGCCUUGCAUAACAGGGAAAGCAAGGUUGUGCCGCAGAAUGGACAAGCAAAAGGUUCGAAUGGUGGAAAAGCUCGAGGUAAGAGGCAGGGAGGUAAAAGGAAUGUCGUAGAUUUGAGAACGCUUUUGACCCUUUGUGCACAGGCUGUUGCUGCAGAUGACCGGAGGAGUGCAAAUGACCUGCUGAAGCAAAUCAGACAGAAUGCUCCACCAACAGGGGAUGCGAUGCAGAGACUAGCCAACGUUUUUGCUGAUGGCCUCGAAGCGCGUUUAGCUGGCUCAGGAACCCAGAUUUACAAAGCACUUAUUUCCAAGCCAACAUCAGCUGCUGAUGUUUUGAAAGCUUACCAUAUGUUUCUUGCUGCUUGUCCUUUUAGGAAACUGUCUAAUUUCUUCUCAAAUAAAACAACUAUGAAUAUAGCUGAAAAUGCAACAAGGGUUCACAUUGUUGAUUUCGGCAUCAUGUAUGGUUUCCAAUGGCCCUGCCUUAUUCAGCGUCUCUCAUCCAGACCUGGAGGACCUCCCAAGCUGCGGAUAACUGGGAUUGAUCUCCCAAAUCCAGGUUUCCGACCAGCAGAAAGGGUGGAGGAGACAGGACGCCGCUUAGCAAAUUAUGCAAACACUUUCAAGGUUCCAUUCGAGUUCACUGCUAUAGCACAAAAGUGGGACACCAUACAAAUUGAGGACCUUAAGAUUGAUAGCAACGAGGUGCUUGUCGUUAACUCUCUGUUUAGAUUAAGAAACUUGCUUGAUGAGACUGUGGUGGUGGAGAGUCCUAGAAAUACUGUUCUCAAUUUGAUCAGGAAAAUGAAUCCAGAUGUUUUCAUACAAGGAGUUGUGAAUGGAGCCUACAGUGCUCCAUUCUUUAUCACACGCUUCCGAGAGGCUCUCUUCCACUACUCUACUUUGUUUGAUGUGCUGGAGGCUAAUGUGCCUCGUGAGGUUCCAGAGAGGUUGCUUAUUGAGAGAGAUAUUUUUGGGUGGGAGGCAAUGAAUGUCAUUGCAUGUGAGGGUGCAGAGAGGAUAGAGAGGCCAGAGACAUACAAGCAGUGGCAAAUGCGGAUUCUAAGGGCUGGGUUCAGGCAGCUGCCAUUGAAUCGGGAGAUUUUUAUGACAGCAAAGGAGAGGGUGCAAACUCUCUAUCACAAGGAUUUUGUAAUCGAUGAAGAUAGCCAGUGGUUGCUCCAGGGGUGGAAGGGUCGGAUUGUUUAUGCGCUCUCUUCUUGGAAGCCUGAUUUUUAA